AGUAGUUGUUUUUUUUCUUUUCUUUUUUACAAAAAUUAAUUUUCUUUCCAAAUUAAUCUCUGGGUACAUUAAAUUGAUUUAUGAUCAUAUGGAAAUAUCAGAUUUAUUGUCAACUGUGGAAGAUCCUAUUUUAAGUUAAAAGAAAUAAGACUUAGUGCUAAUCAACUCUUGGAUUGAAACUCCAACAAAUGAAAAUAAGGAGAAAAAACAGGCAGAAAAAAUGGGUAAGCUGGAAAAACAACAAAAAUGGAGUGUUAAUGGUGUUAUAGUGACAGUGUAUGAGGAAUCAUCUACUUCUGCUUCUGGGGCUCGGAAGAUUAGAACUAUCACCCCUAAAUCAACCACACCAUCAUGCGGCUAUGACCGCCGUGCCGACCUCCUGGCCUAUGCUCAUCGCCUCCGAAAUGUGGGCUCCCAACAGAUUCAACAUCAUCAUAGCCAUAACUCGCCCCUUUUUUCAAAUCUACCCAAUAAACCCAAGAGAAGAAGAAGAUGGUUUGCACGUUUAAAAGCACUCAAAUUCUCCUUUGGGAGAUUAUUUGGUAGAGAAAAGAAAAAGGCAUGGAACUAUGAAAACGUCGAAUCAAAAGACCGUGAAAACAGAUACCGAACAUCCCCUUACCCUCGCCGGGGCAGGGGAAGGUGUAGUAAAAUCUCUAAGAAAUUGGGCUCUGUGUUGAAGCAAUUUUCAUGUGGUUGCAAGUGCAGCAAAGGGGGAUUUGAUCGAAAUGAUGAUCAAUAUCAAGAUUUACGCAAUAAUUCAUAAACUAUUCGUUAUUUUUAAAACACACUUUGAUGUUUAACAAAAAUGAUCCUUGUAUGAUGUUUAAUUAUUUUUGCUUAAAAAAAAGCUUAUACAUAUCUGUCAAUAUCUAUAUGAAACUUGAUUUGCCAAAACA